GCGUCCGCGGGCCUGUUUCAAUAACCCUCACUAAACGACAAAAAGUCACGUCGCGACAAAACAGUCCAUCUAUAAAAGCCCUCGAAUAUCCCUCCGACCGGCCGAUCUGAAAAACUCGCCUAGCAAAACCUUCCCCCACUCCACCAAGUUCCUAAAAAAUCGGCGAUCUUUUUCAACGAUGGGGAAUUGCAGAUCGUGCGAGACGACGUCCGUCGCGACGGCAAAGCUGAUACUCCACGAUGGGAAGCUGCAAGAGUUCCCGUACCCGGUGAAGGUCUCGCACGUGCUGCAGAGAGAUCCCACGUGCUUCAUAUGCGACUCCGACGAGAUGGGCCUCGACGACUUCGUGUCGGCGAUCGGCGGCGACGAGGAGUUGAAGCCGGGCCAGCUCUAUUUCGCGCUGCCGUUGAGCAGGUUAAGGCGGCCGCUGAAGGCGGAGGAGAUGGCGGCAUUGGCAGUGAAGGCCAGCUCGGCUCUGAUGGAGAGAGGAGUUGGGUGUGGUUGUCGACCGAAGAGGGUGAUGGUGGGCCCCACCGAUCCUUGUAGGAGAGAAGUCGAUCGUAGUGGGGCUCACGCUCGGGUGGGUGGGUUGGUAGUGGAGGAGAGGAAGAGACUGGAAAGGGUCAGUGGUCGUAAUUUCAAGGCGAAGUUGAGUGCUAUUCCAGAAUAGGUUUUUUUUUUUUUUUCCUUGAAAAUUGGAAUUUUGGGGUUUCAUUAGUUUGGGGGAGUGACGAUGGCUGUUUGUUUGAUACCAGUAUCUUGGGAAAAAAGAAAAGGAAAUGAUUAAGUAAUGAUUAAUUUUCUGAGCAUUCUAAUACAUAGAUUCUGUUUCAUCAUUGUUUGGAUAGCAUUAGCACGUGAAAAUCUUAUGCUGAGAGUAGCUAACUUCUCGUACUGGAGAAUCCACGCUACUAAAAUGUAUAAUAAUUACUUUAUGUAAAUUUCCCUUU